AUCGUCGCGAAGACAAAGAGGAGCCCUGCAAAGUGAAGAUGGGCUGCCAUCAGUAGCGGGAGAAGCCGCUCCUAUAAAGUCACUUGUUUCUGCAAGCGUCCCCGCCCGGAGGCGAGACAGCAGGCGCCGGUCCUCGGAGACUCUCCGCGGCUUGGGAUGCGCAGAGAUGUGAGAGUAAAAAGAGCGAGCGAGCGAGGGAUUGUGAUUGGCCGCGCUCAUCCUGAAAGCCACCGAGGAGCAUCGGGCGAGGCAUGUCAGAGAAUUCACGGGGAGGCAUCAAACUUGGAGAAGACGUGCGUCGACGCGUUUGCAGCAGACCGGGCUGUGUAGGUAAACUUGCACCAUCUCCCGCCCCGCAAGGACCCAGCGAGGAAAGAACGCGCUUUCCGUGGUGCUGAAACGGGUGGGCUCGGCUGAUCAACUAGUGAAGAAGAGGAGAGACAGUCUCACUUUGUUUCCCAGCGUCAUGGUAGAUGUUGGAGCUUUGAUUAGAACCUAUUAUAUACGCACCAUACUGUGCCGCAUUAUGGUGUGGAUGAAGUUAAGGAUGGAGAUGGAUUCCCUUUGGAUACGACUACGAAGAAUGCCUCGUGUCUUGUGGUUCAUCCUGCUGUUUGGCGUUGGAGGUGCACUUCUCUUCCUUUACACAGAGAUCGUGUCAGAGAUGUUCCUACAGCAAGGCCCUGCAGGAAUGAACUCUCCACGGCACUCCAAAGAGGGCCUCCAAGUUGCAGAAGCCAACCCCGUCUCCCCAAUGCAGCACCCGAAUGUUGAGGAGAGCAAACGGAAAGCUACCACUGUCUCUCAGGAGCAGGAUAUAGGCACCCCUCAAAUCACCAAGAGACAACGCAAACUACUGAAAACAAGUCCCCACAUCACUCACAGCAAAAAUGUCUCCCUAACAUCUCUUCCUGGUUUUUCUACAGAGAGGAGCCUGAGUAACCUCUCAAGUAUCUUAGAAGCGCGGAAGCAGGUAAUGAAGAAUAUGUGUGCAAAAUAUAAAAGCGGCAUCUCAAGGACGAUCACACCGGAUCAUGUGAAAUACAUAUAUGUGGAGGAGAAAUACAAGGUAUUGUACUGUGAGGUGCCCAAAUCAGGUUGCUCCAACUGGAAGAGGACCCUUAUAGUGUUGUCGGGCAAGGCGUCCAACCCGGACAGCCUUAAUCAUGAACAGGUACACUAUGGUGGGUACCUCAAGACGCUGAACAGAUUCAACCAAAAAGAAAUAAUGCACCGUCUCCAAACCUAUAAAAAAUUUAUGUUUGUCCGUGAGCCCCUGGAUAGGGUUGUGUCAGCAUACAGGGACAAGUUUGAGAAUCCCAAUGAGUACUACCACAAUCUGUUUGGAAAACCCAUCAUAUCAAAAUACAGGGUGGCCCCAUCUGCAGAAGCCCUUAAAACUGGCAAUGGGGUCACAUUCAAGGAGUUUGUGCAGUACUUGCUGGAUGGCCACCGACCAGUGGGAAUGGACAUCCACUGGGAGCAAAUAAACAAGCUCUGCCACCCUUGUCUCAUAGACUAUGACCUCAUCGGCAAGUUUGAGAACAUGGAGGAGGAGUCCAACUUCCUGCUGCGAAUGAUUGGAGCACCGGACAGCCUCAAACUACCUAGUUUUAAAGACAGGAAUCCAAAAGACGUGCGGACCUCUAAAGAGAUCACAGAAAAAUAUUUUUCCCAGGUCAGCUUGAUGGAGAAACAGAGAGCAUACGACUUCUACUACAUGGACUAUCUAAUGUUCAACUACUCCAAGCCUUUUAAUGAUCUUUACUAAUCUACCAUGUGCCAUGACUCUUUAAUCAGUAACAUUCCACAUUUACAUCUCUAUCAUGGUUUUAAUCUUAACACAAAUAAAAACAAUUCAUGCGCAUCAUUUGGUUCUUUGGACCCAAGCAAAGACCAAAUAUUUGGAUUUAACCAAACCUGUUUUUUCUUGGGGGGGGGUUUCACCACAAAUAUCUUUAUCAUAGUAUUUAAGUUGUAUUAAAUUGUCCAACUAAUCAGUGAUUUAAGUAAAUGUGUGAACACAAACAAAGUGAUAGAGUUAAUAGACUUUAAUCUAAGUGUGAGUCAAGUAGGCGUUGUAAUAGAUGUAAGGGAGUGAUGAGCAACAAUAUUUUCAGUGAAAAGGGUUAAACAAGUUAAUAUCAGACAAAGAGGACCUGAGUAAAAAAUCAGAAAGCAGUUUUUAAAUGAGAAUUUCAUUUAAUAAGGUAAAAAAAAAAGUCAUCUAAACUAACAUGGAAGUUGAUUUGGAUGAAAAAGUAAUCACUGCUCUUGUUAAAUGAUGAAUUGACUGUGCUGGACCCACAGCUGAUUACAGUGAGAGCUGCAGAAUCAAGAUUUAACUUUCAUAGAACCUGGUUGACAACAUUGACGUGGGAAAAAGAAAUAUCUCAAAAAGUAAUACAUCUUUCCCCAAUUUAAAAAGAAGAAUCAGAGGAGAACAAUGCCAAGGUGAAAACUAAUGCUCUCCAAAAAGAGAGCAUUAGAGAACAUUGUCUUACAAUACAUUCAAAGAAAUGUAAAAAUUUGGAAAAAUAUUCUCAAAAGUGAUGAAAUGAAACGGAAACUAUUUGAAAGUCCUGCAUCCUGUUGCAAUUCAUAUAGAUAAUAACCUUUCAGUAUAUACAUAUCUUACUGUGGCUGCUUUGGGGCCUGAAUGACUUGCUGUAAUUGUAAUUCUGCUCUGUUGGAAAAUCCAGAAGGAAAAUGUCUGUUCAGUUUGUGGUCUGCUCAAGGGCACUUGGGUAGGAACAUUUAUCAAAGUUCACCAGCAACUCCUCUGGCUCAAAACAAAUAAGUUUUUAACAAAAGAUAAUUAUAUUUAUAAGAAACACUUGUUGGCUGCUUUUCUGUUCAGUUUUACAGUUGAUUCAUGAUUUGAAAAGGAUUUUAAUUACUUUUUCACAUAUGGCCAUGUUGGUUUGAACAACUUUAUUUCUGCAUUGGUUUUCCUCAGUUAAUAUUUUCUCUGAAUUAGUUUGACAAGCAAAGACAUUUGAAUGUGUCAAAAAGCAUCACAGCUAUGUAACUUUGAAUUACUACUAUUUAGUUCUUGGGAAAAGGUUUCAUUUCAAUUGGCCUCAGUUUUUGAAAAUCAACUCCUUUUAUUUUGAAAUUUGAAAUGUUUGUCCAUAUAAUUUGUGUCUUACAGUAGGUCAGCCAUCAAUAUACCUCUGUAUAUGAGUUCUAACGCAGAUCAUUUGUGUAAAUGGCUUUACUAAUAUAAACUAUAACAAACUUAUACUCUUAAUAUUAAGAGUUAAAAAAAAACAACUUUAAAAUGUGUCAAAUGCUGCCCGCUUGAAAGCUGUGUGCACUUAUUGUAGCAUUUUUAUACUUCUAACACAAACUUAGUGUAUAUAUAGUCUAACUCAUAACUGUGCUGUGGGUCUGCCGUCACUAGAGGUUGUUUCUGGAGGUUGUUGGUGUAAAUGCAAAGCAUCUCUAUAUUUGCAAGGUGAACGUUGUUGUUGCCAGUAUCCCUGUAUGUUGGUGGUGCUGACUUGCCAAUCAAUCAAAUCCCUCAAAAUGAAAUGAGCAGCAUGCUGUUGUUAUGCAGACAAAAACAGUUGCAGUUGAUUUCAGUAAUGUUUUCCUUGAAGUAUUGGACGUGGAUGAGGAAAAGAUUGUGGUCAGACUUCACCAUCAGCCGCAUUAAAUAUCUCCUGAACAGCUUUCACUUGCAGAUCUCACGCCGUCCGUAGCCCUAUUUAUAUGUAUGACAUGUAAUCUUCACUACUGUACAGGCUUCUUUCUGACUCUACUGGGUAGAAUUGUAUAAUGGGCAUUCAGAUGACUAUAUAUUUUUCUAUGUAUUUCUAAAAUCCAUGUGAAUAUUAAAAAAAGGUAUAUUUAGUGCUUCUUGGUGAAAGUACGUUUAACUCUAUUUGAUGUCAUUUAUCUCUCUUUGAGUAAUACUAGUGUAGAGUGUUGUGUCACUGAAGAGUUUCUUUCCAAAGCUGAAUAUCCACCAGCAGAAAACCUUUCUGAAGACGUAGGAACAAAUUGAACAACAAGAUUCUGCUUAGGUGAAAUUGUAACUGUUGGUGGUGUAAGGUGCGUUUCCACCGCAGGAAUCUUUUCCAGGAAACAAAGUUUUUUUUACCUUGGUUUCCUCAUCAGAAACAAGGACCAAAUUAAAAGCCAUUCUGAUAGACGUGGAAAAAAACUGAUGGGCUUUGAGCUGUGGAUGCAAAAUAUUUUUUACAGGUUGAACAUAUCCCAGCUUUCUGUUUCAGUCAUCCCAGCCUAACCUCUUUACAGUUAAUUUUAAAUAAUGAGACAAGAGUAAUUAUUAAUGUGUGUUUGCAAACCAUAUAAAUCCACUUGCUCUUGUUGAGCAACAUGUUAAGAUUCAAACACAUUAAUAAAAUCAUCAAAGCUUGGUGGUUAAUUGAUUAAAUUAUAUGAGCCACAGAAUUCUACUUUCAGCCGUCUGCGAAAAUUGGAGAGUAACAUUUGUGUGAAGGCUGAUUUUUAGACAUUUUAACUCUCAAUGUUACAAUACUAUAUCACAUUUAUAUUUUGAGAUGCAUUAAUUAUGUUAUCUUUGGUUUUAUUUUAGUUUAGCAGGCACAUUGAAGCUGGUGCAGCCUUUGAGUCCUGUUAAUGGAGGCUUUAAGUUUUAAAACUCAGUGGAUUUUGUUCUUUUUCCUUUUGCUCUCCUUUGAUUCACAACAAAAUCUGCCAAAGUAAAAGUUGCAAUUCUAACUUAAAAAUUGGAGUGACUUUAUGUAAACUAUAAAGAGUGAUCACAAUAUCAGAUAUUGUUGUCAUUGUCAAAAAUAAUAGUUUUUAAUGUUCGGAUUUGAAUUUGCUUCCUUUCCCCACACACACAACAAGAAAGAAUCAGCCCAGUUCACAUAAAAUCCAUUUUAGUCUCUCAUUUCCACAAAGUUUGAAGUGGUGGUACUUGGUUUUAACCAAUAUGAACCAAUCUGAUCUCCUGUUGACGUGGGCAAAUAUCUGUGUCUGAGCAUCACUGAACAUAGUUUGUGAGUGACCACAGACAAAAUGCAAGGAUAAAAAAAUAUGUUUCCAGGAAAUCAAGUCCCUCUGGAAUAAUUCUGGGUCUCAUUGUGGAAACGCACCUUUAGAGAAGAAAGCAUCUUAUUCUGUAAAAGAAAACAGGACAUAUAAACGUUUGGAAAUAAGCUCUUUAAUUAUUUAAACUCUGAUGUAUGAUGAGCUUAAUUCCACCUCAUAACACAUCUUUGCUCCUGACAUUUUUUAACCCCAAAUUAGUUGUGUGUGUGUUUAGUGGAUGGCACUGAAUGAGGUUUUUUGAUCCUCGACACAAAAAUGCGUCUUUCACUCUUCUGAAAGUAUAUAUUAUAGAAACACUGCAGAAAUACACUGAAACAUGAAAAGUGCGUUCUGUUUGGCCUCAAAAGUCAGAUUUUCCAAAGUCGGCCAUCAUCAAGUAACCUAGCAGGUUCAGUAUCUUAUACAGCUUGUGAAAUCUGCAGAUACUAUUGAAAACACUUUCUAGACUUUAUAUCUUAUUAAACCGGUUGCACUUAGAGUGAUGUAAAAUAUCUGUUAGUAAAAGUGUUCCUUUUAGUGGUUUUAAACACUUAAGAUGGAGAGAAAUGCAUUGUUAUUGUCUUGUAUUGCUAACAGUAGGUAGCAACACAGUAAAUCCUACUGGUUUUUCCAAUCAGUGCGACUUCAUUCCCAGAUCCACGAUCCAACCUCUUAGACAAACAGAACGCAGCUUGACUUACUUUUAGUUGUUGUUGUUGUUUUUUGUCUCUGUUUGAUGCAGGUCACACUGCUUAAUGUGCACUAACAGUCUCACUUAUGCAUACUUGCACUUUGUAAUCAGUUGCUAAAUUACAUUUUAACUGUAGAAUUAAGCAUGGCUUUCAAAUUCAGCGAAAAAAAAUAAAAAUUGUUCAGAUUGUUGGCUCACUGUGAACCUUCACUGACUAAUAGCUGAAGUGAAGGUUGAGGUCUUCAAAUUACCAUUUACAUUUACAUUGAUUUAGUUUUAGCUUGCAGGUUAAAUUGAGGGGGGAAAUGACUAAAUUGCUGGCACACAAGACAAUAACUUCAAGGUAACAAUUUGAUAUGAUGUAACUAAAAAUAUUUAUGUUUCUACUCCUAUUAAAACCUAAUUAAUCAUUAUUCUGCUUUGUGCUUUUGCUCUCUUGAAAUGUUUGUGCUGAAAAGUGAAUAAUGAGAAAAUUAAUUUGUCUGUUGAAUACAAUAAACUAUAAUUCAUAAAAUCUAUGCCACACAUUAUAACAGGUUUCAUGAAAACAGUGUCACCAGAACAAUAUAAACUUUAACUGGUGUUAAUUAUAUGAACAUUUUGUUGAGACAUACUUGGCUUCAUUGCCAGGUUCUACCUAUUGUUGAGGUUUUGGGUAAACUUUGUCUUUUUUGCCAAGCUGUUGCCAAAGCAGUAAUUGCAUUAUGGAAAGUGUUGUUACACUGUUGUGUUGAGAUAACUGGGGACAAAUUUAUCAUGAGCAUAACUACAGUAACAAGUGAAUGUAUAACCUAUUCUUGGUGCAAAUGUGUGAAACUGAUUAUCUUAAGCCCUUUGCCUUAUUUUUACACUGCCUAACUAAUGGUGUAUUUCAGGAAGACCUUUUUCAGAUGGUUAUUUCUGGCUGAUGAGUGUCUACUAAUAAAACUGUCUUUGAGCAUA